GGACUGCCUUUUCUCUCUUUUUUUUUUCACCUAAAACAAAAAAAUGUGUGUCCCUUUGUUUUUCAAUAUCACAACAAAUGUUCAAAAAAUUCAGUUUUUCCGAAAACAUUGCCGGUCAAUCGCAACUAAAGUCUUCAGUUCAACGUAAUAUUCGUACCAAGUUGAAUGAACAAUAUCCCACCAUUGAGACCGUGUUGGAAGAAUUGAUUCCCAAAAAGACACCCAUUAUCCAAAUCAAGGGUCACGAACAUAUCACCUUCCUUUCCGUCAAUGGCGAAAUUCUCUUUUUCCAACACUUUGACGGACCUUUCUUCCCUACUCUCGCCUUGUUACAUAAAUAUCCCGAUAUGCUCCCCAAGUUACAGGUGGAUCGUGGAGCCAUCAAAUUUGUUUUAUCAGGCGCAAACAUCAUGUGUCCUGGUUUAACAUCCAAGGGCGCCCGUAUGGACACAGAUUUACCUGCUGGAUCAGUUGUUGCUAUUAUGGCCGAAGGUAAAGAGAAUGCUCUUGCUAUUGGCUACCUCAAGAUGAGCACACAAGAUAUCAAAUUGGUUAAUAAGGGUAUUGGUGUUGACAAUAUUCAUUACUUGACCGAUCCUCUUUGGAGAGAAGUUAUUCACAUGUAAACCACACUUUUUUAUAACAAAUAAAAAUCAUUGUUUUUAAACCUUUCAA